GUCUGCACACCACCCCCUCUCUUAUCCCUUCCUCUUCUCUCCCUGAACUUCGCACCAUCUCGACACUGCCGCACGUCACAGUCUUACACGUCGACAUGGCCGAAUUCGAAAGCGACGCGAAGCCGGCCUUGCACGGUCCCGGAUCCUCGGGCAGCGACGACGAUAUCGCGGCGCGCAGCACGGCCAUCAAGCCCCAGCAGCGUAGACUCUACGACAAGGAUGUCUCGUUCGAAGAGUACAACUACUGGGCCGAGAAGACGCGUGAGGCGGAGAAGUCGGUGCCUGCGCCGCGCACGCAAUGGCUCGCUCUGAUGAAGGGUAAGAGAAAGCCGCACGACGCCGGCGAAGAUGGCACGCCAAUCACCAUGAAUCUGGCCAAGGAGGAGAAUCGCAUGCUCAUCUCCGACGAGGAGUGGGUCAAUGCCAGCCGCGCCUAUCGCCAGGCCGGUUGGGGCGCAUGCUUCUAUCUGAUCACCACCGAUAUCCUUGGCCCAUUUGCUACCCCCUACGCCAUUGGGUCACUCGGGUAUGGCCCCGGUAUUGGUCUCUUCACCGCCUUUGGCCUUACCGCCGGGUACUCGGGCUACCUCCUGUGGCACGUCUUUCUGGGCGUCGACUCCGAUCAGUUCCCCGCGCGAAACUAUGGCGAUCUCGGCUUCCGCACUUGGGGGACCCCGAUGCGCCACCUUAUCAACUUCAUCCAGGCCUUGGCUUUGCUCCUCCUCUUGGGACAGGUGACGAUCUUGUUCGGCGCCAACAUCUACGAGCUGUCGAAAACGCAGCUCUGCUACAUCGUUUGUCCUCUAAUCUUUGUCCUCAUCGGCUUCUUCUUGACGCAGAUCCGUACCCUGAAGAAUCUGGGAAUCUUUGCCACUCUGGCCAUUUGGCUCAACCUGUUGGUCAUCUUCAUCACCAUGGGAGUCAUUGCACACUCGGCGCCCGAUUAUGCCGUAGCCGGUGGAUCUUCCGUGGGAGAGGGUAUUGGUGAUAUUCCGUCCAUCACGCCCAAGAACGGCAUCUACCCGGCUCUCGUGCACUCUGCCGGAAUUCCCACCAAAGAACUCUUCGGAGCCAUCAACGGUCUCCUUUCUGGCGUGCUCGCAUACGCCGGUGCCCAGCUUUUCAUCGAGUUUAUGGCGGAGAUGAGACGUCCCCGAGACUUCCUGAAGGCAAUGUGGAGCGCGCAAAUCUUCAUCUACAUCGUCUACAUUGUCUAUGGAUGCUUCGUCUAUUACUAUCAAGGGCAGUACACGUACAACCCCAGCUUCCAGGCCGUUUCCAACUAUGCCUGGCAAAGCGUGGGCAACGUGCUCACCCUGCUCGCGGGUCUGAUUGCUGCUGCGCUGUACGGCAACAUCGGAAUCAAGGUGUUCUACAACAACAUCUGCUGUGACCUGCUCAACGCCCCGCUCAUCACGAGCCGCAGGGGCAAGUUCGCAUACGCAGCCAUUGUGCCAGUGUGGUGGAGCAUUGCUUUUGUCAUCGCCGCCGCCAUUCCCGCGUACGCCGCGUUUGUCGGCGUCAUCUCCGCCUCUUGCCUGCUCAACAUGACCUACACCAUUCCCCCAUUCUUGGCCUUGGGCUACGACAUCCAGAAGAACGCCAUGCGGCCGUUGGAAGGCGACGGGUUCAACCCGGUGACCGGAGAGGUGGUUCGACACGGCACUCCGAUGCAGCGCUAUAUCCGCGGCUUUACCAGCGGCGGGCCUAUCCGUGUCGCCCAGAACGUCUGGCACGUCCUGUACUUCCUAUGCUCUCUGGGGAUGUGUGGUCUCGGCAUGUGGGCCAGUAUUGAAGCGAUGAUCUUUGCGUUCCAACAGCCGCAGGACACGUCCUUCUCUUGCAAAGCCCCAAUAUGAUUUCCUUCAAGGUGUACCCCAGACGGAUUGCGCGGGCGGCCUCGGCCUGGUAUGGGGAAGCGGGUCAAGGAUGGAAUCUGGGGAGCGCAAAGUUUGGGGACGCGUGAUUGAGGGAGAAGUUUGAGUUCAUUCGGCUGCGAGAAGAAUGAGUGUUCGGUUAGAUGCUGAUGCCUCGUAAUUUCAGUCCGCUAGCCACUCUUCCGUUUCCUCCGCCAACCACGCCGGUUGUUCGCUUGUAACUGAACGCGGCUGCUUGGCAGCUCGAAGACUCGCGCUCAGAUUCGUUCGUGUAGCCGGAUCCAAUAACGAGCACGGCCCGCGCCCCUCCG